CGGAGGGGGCGGAGCAAGAGAAGGAAGGAGAAGGCUGCAGGGAAACUCAGAGAGCAGAGACAUCAGGUCAACGAGUAAGCUGAGUGCACUUGCCUAGAAGAAAAGCAAAGACAAAGUCAUCAUGACUUCAGUAUCUACUCAUGGAAACCAAGAUAAACCUCCCCACUUGCCACCACCAAGCAAGCAGAGCCUGUUGUUUUGUCCAAAAUCAAAACUGCACAUUCACAGAGGGGAGAUUUUAAAGAUUAUCCGAGAAUGUCAAGAAGAAAGUUUCUGGAAGAGAGCUCUGCCUUUUUCUCUUGUAAGCAUGCUUGUUACCCAAGGACUGGUCCAUCAAGGUUAUUUAGCAGCUAACCCAAGAUUUGGAUCUUUGCCUAAAGCUGCACUGGCUGGUAUCUUGGGAUUUGGCCUUGGAAAGGCAUCAUACAUAGGAGUAUGCCAGAGCAAAUUCCAUUCCCUUGAUGAUCAGCUACGUGGAGCUGGUUUUGGUCCAGGGCAUAACAGGCACUGCCUGCUUACCUGUGAGGAAUGCAAAAUUAAACAUGGAUUAAGUGAAAAGGAAAGUUCACAGCCUUCAGCUUCCUAAACUACAUAUCUAUGGCUUUUGAAGUUUCUUAAACCUCUGAAUUUGUACACACUUAAAAUUUCAAAUGUACUUUAAAUAAUAUACUUACAGUGAAACAAACAUUGUGAUUCGCUCAUUCUAUUGAAUGCUUUCUGUAGAAGGUUCCUAAUUGAAUUGAGCAUUGUAUAUUUUUCUACUAUUUAAGAACAUGUUGGGAGCUUUCACAAUCAAAAAGAUAUUAUGUUGCAUUCUAACUUGCUUACAGCCUAAGUAAAAGAAUUUAGUCUUC